AAGAAAAGAAAUAAAAAAAGAUCAAUUCUUAUAAUUUAAAAUUUUCAUUUUAUAAUUAAUAUACAUUUGUUUUGUUAGAAUUACAAUAACAACUUAAAAUAACAAUUGUCUCUUUUUUUCAUUUCAAUUCGUUUUAAAAUUCUUUUUUUUAUUACUAUUCAUAAAAUAUAAAAUAUUCACAUAAAUUUAAAUAUUCAUAUACAUAUAUAUAUACACACAUAUACAUAAAUACAUAUACAUGACAUAAUGUCAGAAGAGUUGGCCAGAUCUAAACAAUAUGGGUAUAAAGAAAAUUCAAAUUUAGUAUUUUAUUCAGAAAGAAAUAAAAGUGAAUUAAGAGAACCUAAAGGUGAACCAGAAACAUUAUGGGGCAGAGUUAGGGGUAAUAUGGGUGAUAGAGUCACAUAUGGUAAACCGGUCGAAUUAUUGGAAAAAAUGCAAAAUUUAAAAAGAAAAGAAACCGAAAAGAAUGGAGGUGAACAAACUGAAUCGAUUAUACCUAAAAAAAUGAAAAAUCAACAAGGAAUCAAUGGCGACACUGGUAGUGGUCAUAAAUCAAGUGGUUCGGCACCAAUGGAUAUUUUAUCAGCAACCGACUCAUUCCAAGGAAUAUAUAAACCAAAAACUAAAGAAACCCGUCUUGUUUACGAAAAUAUGUUAACUUUUAUUCAAUCAUAUCUUGGCGAUCAGCCAACUGAUAUUGUUAAAGCAGCUUUGGAUGAAAUAUUAUCAAUUUUAAAGAACGAUACCAUCAGAGCACCAGAAAAAAAAGUAGAAAUUACUAAAUUAUUAAAAGGAAUGUCAGAUGACAGAUUUGCAGAUUUAACAGGAAUGGGUAAAAAGAUUACAGAUUUUAAAGAGUCACAGGAUCAAGCAGCAAGACACAUCGAUUCACUAGAUGACGAGCAAGGUAUUGUACCAGUUGUAAUUGAUGAGGAUGAAGAAGAGGAGAAUUUAAGUGACUACGAAAUUAGAGAUGAAGAGGAUGACGAUGGCAACGAUGAGGAAGAUCAUAUUAAUGAAAUUCCAAUUAAUAGAGAUGAAGAGAGCGAAAGUGAAAAUGAAGAAGACAAUGAUAAAGAUAAUGAAGAAGUUAUAAAAUCAAAAAGAAAUUCAGAUUCCAAAUCAUCAACAUCAACCAAUAAUUUAUUACUUGAUCCAAACGAAAUCGAUGCAUUUUGGAUUCAAAGACAAAUUUCAAAAUUUGAAAAUGACCACGAUGUCUCAAAACAAUUAGCUGAAAAAGUUUUAGAAAUUUUAAAAUUAGAUUCAAGAAAAUGCGAAAAUGACUUAAUCUCAUUAUUUGGUUAUCAAAGAAUUGAUUUUUUAAAAUUAUUAUUAAACAAUAAGCAAACUAUUUUAUAUUGUACAUUAUUAGCUAAAGCAGAAAAUGAUCAAGAAAGAAAAAAAAUUGAAGAUGAUAUGUCAAAUAAUGAAAUUACAUUAAAUAUUUUAAAUAAAUUAAAAGGAAUAGAAGAUAAAAAGAAAACAGGUGAAAAGACCGCUCAACAAAAGAUUGUAGAAAGACAACAACAAAAACAACAAGAAGAGAUUAAAAAGAAAAAGUUAUUAAAUUUAAAUGAAUUAUCUUUUUCACAAGGUAACCAUUUAAUGACCAACAAGAAUUUUAAGUUCCCAAAAGGAUCAAAACGUGAAACUCAUAAAGGUUUUGAAGAGAUUCAUAUUCCAGCUAGAUUACAUCCACCAUUCUCACAAAAUGAACAUUUGGUUCCAAUUAGCGAGUUACCAGAUUGGGCUCAAAAAGCAUUUGUAGGCAUUGAAAAACUUAAUCGUGUUCAAAGUAGACUAUAUGAAUGGGCAUUCAAGUCAAGCAAUAAUUUAUUAUUAAGUGCUCCAACAUCUGCUGGUAAAACCAAUGUUGCCAUGUUAACAAUUCUCCACGAAAUCGGUUUACACAUUCAAAAAGAUGGUUCUUUAGAUCGUGAUAGUUUCAAAAUUGUCUAUAUUGCUCCAAUGAAGUCUUUAGUUCAAGAAAUGGUAGUUAAUUUUAGUGAACGUUUACAACCUUAUGGAAUCGUAGUCAAAGAGUUAACUGGUGAUCAAUCAUUAACCAACAAGCAAAUCUCAGAAACCCAAAUCAUUGUAACCACACCAGAGAAGUGGGAUAUUAUUACCAGAAAGUCUGGUGAUCGUGCCUACACUCAAUUAGUACGUUUGGUAAUUAUUGAUGAAAUUCAUUUACUUCAUGAUGAAAGAGGUCCAGUCUUAGAGUGUAUAGUUGCUAGAACUCUUAGAAUGAUCGAACAUACUCAAGAGAUGGUGCGUUUGGUUGGUUUAUCUGCUACUCUUCCAAACUAUGAGGAUGUUGCUACAUUUUUACGUGUCGAGCCAGAGGGUGUAUUUUAUUUUGAUCAAUCAUACCGUCCAAUUCCAUUAGAGCAACAAUACAUUGGUAUUAGUGAUAAAGGCAUUAAGCAAUUACAGUUACUCAACGAUAUCACCUAUAGAAAAGUAUCAGAAAGAGCAGGCGAACAUCAAAUUUUAAUAUUUGUACACUCUAGAAGAGAAACUGGUAAAACUGGUAAAGAUAUUCGUGAUAGAGCUGUCGAAGAUAAAUUAACCGAUCGUCUUUUAAAGAAUCCAGAAACUCGUGAAAUUUUAAGAGAGUCUUCAAAGGAUGUCAAAGACGCCACAUUAAAAGAGCUUUUGCCUUAUGGUAUUGGUAUACAUCAUGCUGGUCUUGCAAGAAGUGAUCGUGAUAUCGUCGAAGAUUUAUUCCGUGAUCAAAGAGUCCAAGUUUUAAUUUCCACUGCCACUUUAGCUUGGGGUGUCAAUUUACCAGCUCAUACCGUUAUCAUUAAAGGAACCAGAGUAUAUAAUCCAGAAAAAGGUUGGUGCGAAUUAUCUCCAUUAGAUAUGACCCAAAUGUUAGGUCGUGCUGGUCGUCCUCCAUUCGAUAAAGAGGGUGAAGGUAUUAUUAUUACAAGUCAACAAGAAUUACAAUUUUAUCUCUCUUUAUUAAAUACCCAACUCUCCAUUGAAAGUCAAUUCAUUAGUCGUCUCUCUGAUAAUUUAAAUGCUGAAAUCGUUUUAGGUUCAAUUCAAAAUGUUAAUGAUGCAGUUCAUUGGUUAGGUUAUACCUAUUUAUUUAUUUGUAUGUUAAGAAAUCCACCACUUUACGAAAUCUCAUAUGACGAUAUCGAAGCCGAUCCACAUUUAGAACAAAGAAGAACUGAUUUAAUUCAUUCAGCUGCCACUAUUUUAGAAAAGAACUCAUUAAUUAAAUAUGAUAGAAAGUCUGGUAAUCUUCAAGCCACUGAAUUGGGUAAAGUUGCAAGUCAUUUCUAUAUCACCAAUGCCUCAAUGAGCAUCUAUCAAGAGCACUUAAAACCAUCAAUGAGCGAUAUCGAAUUACUUAGAGUAUUUUCAUUGUCCUCUGAAUUUAAGAAUGUAGUAGUUAGAGAGGGUGAAAAAUUCGAAUUAGAGAAACUUUUAGAGCGUGUACCAAUUCCAAUCAAAGAGAACAUUGACGAACCAUCUUCAAAGAUUAAUGUAUUGCUUCAAACUUAUAUAUCCAAUUUGAAAUUAGAAGGUUUUGCUUUAAUUGUUGAUAUGUUUUAUAUUGCUCAAAGUGCAUCCCGUAUCACUAGAGCCUUAUUCGAAAUUGUAUUAAAGAAAGGUUGGGCUCAAUUGGCUAAAAAGAUUUUAAAUCUUGCUAAAAUGAUCGAUAACCAAAUGUGGUCAUCUCAAUCACCACUCAGACAGUUCCACAAGAUAUCACCAAAGAUUUUAAAUCAACUCGAAAGAAGAUCAAUUCCUAUCGAAGAUCUCUAUGAAUAUAACUCUCAACAAUUAGGUAGUGCAAUCCAAAACCCAUCCGAGGGUAUCAAGUUAUUUAAUUUAAUUCAUAGUUUCCCAAAACUCGAUCUUACUGCUCAUGUUCAACCAAUUCUCCAUGGUCUUUUACGUGUCGAGUUGUCUAUUACACCAGAUUUCAAUUUCAAUAAAGAUUACCAUAACAACAGUAUUGGUUGGUGGAUUAUCGUUGAAGAUGUCGAUGGUGAAAAGAUUUUAUACUAUGAAUUCUUUAGCUUAAAAGAAAAGAUGGUUAAUGGUGAAGAUCAAGUUGUCAGUUUUACAGUUCCACUUACCACUCCAUUACCACCACAAUAUUAUGUUAGAGUACUUGCAGACCAUUGGAUUGGUGCUGAAUAUUCUCUUCCAAUCAGUUUCAGACAUUUAAUUUUACCAGAGAAAUACCCACCAUGCCGUUCAUUAUUAGAUUUACAACCAUUACCAAUUGAAAUAUUAAAAGAUCCAAAAGCUGAAUCCAUAUUCAGACCAACCUUUAGAAUUUUCAAUUCAAUUCAAACCCAAGUUUUCAACUGUAUGUAUCAAACCAAUGACAAUGCUUUUAUCUCUGCUCCAACCAACAGUGGUAAGACUGUUUGCGCUGAAAUUGCAAUCAUUAGACAAAUUCAACAACAACCAAAAUCAAAAAUUGUAUAUUUAGCUCCAAUGCAAGAUUUAGCCUCUGUUCGUUUAAGAGAUUGGACAAAUAAAUUCACCAAAACAUUUGGUUUAGUCAUUUCAGAUCUUACAGGUGAUUCAGUUACAGAUAAUAAGAUUUUAGAUCGUUCCAAUAUAAUUGUUACAAGUUGUGAAAAAUGGGAUAUUCUUUCACGUAGAUGGAAACAAAGAAAAGCAAUCCAAUCAAUUCAAUUAUUAAUUGUAGAUGAACUCCAUUUAAUUGGAGGUGACCAUGGUCCAACUAUGGAAAUCGUUGUAUCUAGAAUGCGUUAUAUUAGCACACAAACUGGUAAUCCACUUCGUAUUGUUGCAUUAAGUUCAUCGAUUGCAAAUGCCCGUGAUUUAGUUUUAUGGAUUGGUGCAACACCACAAACCUGCUUCAAUUUCCAUCCAAAUGUACGUCCAAUUAAUUUAGAAUUCUCUGUUCAAGGUUUUGAUUUCCCACACUUUAAUGCAAGAAUGCUUGCUAUGACCAAACCAACCAUUUAUGAAGUAUCUCGUAAUAAAAAGGGUCAAUCUAUCAUUUUUGUACCAACUCGUAAGCUUUGUAGAUCAUUAGCCAAGGAUUUAAUCGCCCAUGUUGAUUCUGAAGAAGAUGCCCUUCGUAGACCAUAUUUAGUUUGUAGCGAAGAAGAUUUAGCACCAUAUUUAGAGAGAAUCGAAUCAACCAUAUUAAAACAAUCGCUUCAAUGGGGUAUUGCACUCUAUCAUGAUGGUCUUACCGAGCCAGAGAAAAGAGUGGUCGAAAUUUUAUUCAAGAGUGGUUCAAUCCGUGUAUUAAUUGCAACCCAUUCCGUUUGCUGGUUAUUGGAUGUCUAUGCAUCAUUGGUUGUAAUUAUGGGUACUCAAACUUAUUUAGGUAAAGAUAUUAGAUACGUUGAUUACUCUAUCAAUGAUAUACUUCAAAUGGUUGGUCGUGCUGGAAAACAAAAUAUAUACAACAGUGCUAAAUGCUUAUUACUCUGUCACACUCCAAAGAAAGAGUAUUACAAAAUGUUCUUAAACGAACCAAUCCCAGUCGAAUCACAUUUAGACCAUUGUUUACACGAUCCAUUCAAUUCUGAAAUUGUCACCAAAACCAUUACAAAGAAACAAGAUGCACUCGACUAUCUCACAUGGACUUUCUUGUACCGUCGUCUUAAUCAAAAUCCAAAUUAUUAUAAUCUUUCAGGUGUCACCCAUAUCCAUCUCUCUGAACAUUUAUCAGAGUUGGUCGAAAACACAUUAGCAGAUUUAGAACAAUCCAACUGUAUAUCAACUAAUGACGAGGAAGAUAAGGUUUCACCAUUAAAUUUAGGUAUUAUUGCAAGUUAUUAUUAUUUGAAAUAUCAAACCAUUGAACUUUUUGGAUCAUCAUUAAAAGCAUCAACUAAACGUAAAGGUAUUAUCGAUAUUCUUUCAAAUUCACCAGAAUUCAAUGUCAUUCCAAUCCGUCAUCGUGAAGAACAAAUCAUUAGUAAAAUGGCAUCACACUUACCAUUAAAAAUUGAUAAACCAGAUUUUGCUCAAAUCGCAACCAAAGUUAAUGUAUUACUUCAAGCUCAUUUCUCAAGAAAACCAAUUAGUGCAGAUUUAUAUCAAGAUCAAAAGUUUGUUUUAGAAAACUCAACACGUUUACUCCAAGCUAUUGUAGAUGUUAUUAGUAGUAAUAGUUGGUUACAUCCAGCCAUCGCUGCAAUGGAGCUCUCACAAAUGAUCACUCAAGCUAUGUGGGAUGGCGAUAACGUAUUAAAACAAUUACCACACUUUACUAAAGAAAGAAUUGAGGCAUGUACUACCAAUGGUAUCGAAUCAAUUUUCGAUUUAAUGUCAUUAGAAGAUAACGAUCGUACUCAAUUACUCAAAAUGGAUGCAGGUGAAACCGAAGAUUUAAUUCAAGCAUUUAUGAAAUACCCAGAUAUUGAUAUCUCUUACAAUGUCAUCGACGAAGAUGACCUUCAUGCCGAUUCAGUAAUGUCUGUAGAAGUUAUUUUAGAAAGAGAUAUCGACGAAGAAAAUGUCAGCGAUGCUAUCAAUAUCGUUAAUGCUCCAUUUUAUCCAAAAGAAAAGAUUGGUGGUUGGUGGGUACUUGUUGGUGAUUCUAAAACUAACCAACUCCAUGCCAUUAAAAGAAUUACAUUUACAAAGAAAACUAAAGUUAAAUUGGAUUUCGCCACUCCAUCAGUCGGUAAACAUAAUUUAACACUUUAUUUAAUAUCAGACUCAUACAAUGGUUGUGAUCAAGAACAUGACCUCAAACUUAACAUUUUACCAGCCGAAAUUGACGAAGACGAUGAAGAAAAUGGAGAAAUGGAAGAAUAAAAAAAUAAUAAAAGAAUUUAAAUAUUACAAUUUAAAAAUUAAAUAAAAUAUUUAUUAUAAAUUAU